ACAAUGCAACCUUGACGGUAUACGAGAACAUUUUUAUUUGUGCAAAUAUGUUUAUUUCAAUAGUCAUCUCUUUAGGUGGAUUUACAGGCUCUAAUAUCAUCAAAUCUUAACUAACAUUCAUUGACAAAGUGAAAGAGAAACAGUUCAUGUACUUAUGAGUUCACUGCAGUCCAUAGAGUGACUCUGCUGUUUGUCUUUGAGACCGUUUCUGUGAAAUCAUGUGACCACCGAGCAUCCACCCUCUCUGCUGUUAUAAAGCUGCUCUCUGCUUUCUCUUUCUCCUCAGGACCAGAGACCAUCGACACAGAGAACUCAUACGGUGCUCCAACAUCAAGCCCCUGUGAUACUGUUACCAUGGCAAUGAACACCAACACCUCAUUGAAAUAUGAGGAGAUCAUUUCCAAAAGUGAUCUGAUCCAAUCAGGAUCUCCUGAUGUCUACCAGCUGAAACCAAAGAAAGAGAAUAUUGGGACUCUGACAAGAAUGACUGUUGGUGAAAAAAAUCCAAACAAGAUAAAUAAAACCAUCUUGUUUGUGGGAGAAACAGGAACAGGAAAAUCUACUCUGAUCAAUGCUCUGGUCAACUACGCCAUGGGAGUAAAGUGGGAGGAUGAUAUCUGGUUUCAGAUCGUAGAGGACGAGAAGAAAAGUCAAUCAAAGAGUCAGACAGCAGAUGUGACUGAGGGCGAGAAGAAAAGUCAAUCAAAGAGUCAGACAGCAGAUGUGAUCGCGUACGAGAUCUUUGGUUUUGAAGGUAAAACUCUGCCCUACUCUCUGACCAUCAUCAAUACUCCUGGAUACGGAGACACCAGAGGGACCGAACACGAUAUCAUCGUCAGUGAAAGAUUAUUAGACUUGUUUCGCUCAGACGAUGGAGUUCAUGAGGUUGAUGCAGUCGGUCUGGUGAUAAAAGCGAGCGAGAAUCAACUGAAUGACCGACUGACGUACAUCUUUAAUUCAGUGGUGUCUCUGUUUGGAAAAGAUAUGGAGAAGAACAUUGUGGCCCUCUUCACACACUCAAACGGUGUGACUCCUGAAAAUGUCCUGAAAGCUCUCGAGGCUGCAAAUAUUAAAUGUGCCAAAGAUGAGAACAAGACGAUUCAUUUCAUGUUUGAUAACUGCCAGAGCACAUGGAGAACAAAGAAAAAUAAGCUUUCUCUAAAACAUGCAUGGGCCUUAACAGAGGAACAAAUGGGUGAAUUCACUGGUUUCCUGAAAGAAAGUUCCCCUCAGAACCUGACGGCAAUUGUUGAAGUGUUGAAGAGUCACAUCAGACUGACAGCCUGCAUCCACAAACUGCAGGAGAGAAUUGAGUUUAUUGACCUGAAACAGGAAGAAAUCCAACAGACUGAAGAAGCUCUGAAGAAAUAUGAAGCAGAGAUGAAGAACAAUGAAAACUUCACUGUAGAAGUCAAUGAGGUCUUCAAAGUUAAAGAACCUGUCAGUGAGUGGAGGUGGUGGGCUUUUGGGUUAAAUUAUGGAGGAGCUGUCUGCUGCACCGUCUGCAAGGAGAACUGUCACGAUCCAUGCACACUGGCCUGGUAUCCAGAACACUGUGAGGUCAUGGUAAGAAAAUGCACCAAGUGUCAGGGAGAGUGUCGUGAAUCAGGUCACGUGAAAGAAUUAUCCUGCACCGUAUGUACUGGGAAGUGUCCUGUAUCAGCUCAUGUGAAAGAAAAACAGUGCACUGCAUGUGAAGAUGAGUGUUGUGUACCACAUCAUGUUAAAGGAAAACAGUGCCCUGUGUGUGAGGGAAAGACCAAUGAAUCAGAUCAUGUUAAAACAAUGUGGAGGUAUGCGAUGAAGACAAGGAAAGUUCAGAAGACCAAACAAGACAUCAUAGACAAGUAUUACAAGGGUAAAGCCGGCUGUGACCAGUCAACGAGCCUUUUGGAAACUCUCCUGAAGAAGAAAGAAGAACUUGAGAAAGAAAAAGAUCAGUUGUUGAAGGAGUCCUUCCAACAUGUUGUCAAACUGGAGCAGAUGGCCCUGAAUGUUAAUUCAGUGUCCACUUAUGUCCACCUGGACGUCCUGAUUGAGAAGAUGAACGACAAAGAGGAGACAGAGAAGGUCCAGAGACUGGAAGAGAUGAAACGUCGAAUGGAUGAAGAUAAAGGAACAAAAGCAGCAUCCUGGUACAGCUUUGGUAGAAUAAAAGCAGCCGGUAAAGCAGCCAGUAAAGCAGCCGGUAAAGCAGCCGGUAAAGCAGUCGGUAAAGCAGCUGUUGGAGCAUUUAAAAGAGCAAAGAAGUAAGUUUUGGGUGACCAGAGUGAUUGUGAGCAGACAGCUGUGUAGAAAACAAGAUCUACACUGUUGAUGAAAUUCACUCUUGGUCUCUUUGCUGUGGUGUUGAUGUAAUAACUUCAUGAUAAAAUCUAAAUGUAAUCACCUUUGAAAGUUUCCAAAGUUUGCCCUCUGUGUGAUGCAGCGACUGUUUCUGUUCUUCCAGUUUAACAGCAGUAACUUCACCGUUUCACUCCUUAUCUGUUAACUGUGGUGUUGAUGUAAUAACUCCAUAAGAAACCUCACUUUGUUUUGUGUUGUUAUGGUAACUUCACUGUACAGAUCACAGAAUAGUUUAUAACAACUGCUCUGAUUUUAAUGAAGUGAGGACGCCCCCUG